AUGGAUGUAUGGACGGACCCUCCACGCGUGACCAAAACAAGGCAAGCGUUGAACAUCAUCGGUUGUAUCUGCGUGUUCCUGCUGCACCGAGCAGCCGGGGUAUACACGCAGUAUCCGGCCCUGGUUGACCUGCUGAUCAGCGUCUUUUUUGCCGAGUACUGCCGCUUCACCAACGAGGGCCGCAGGAUAGCACUUGCCAGAGCUGAAGAUUCCGCCAGUGUAAAGCAUCUCGAUGUGGCACAAGAAGAAUCAAAGAUUGGGCUUGGCCCGGCUCCGGCUGCCCAGCUCAGCUGUGACGCCGUUGCGAUGAUUGUGGGAUGGCGCGAGGAUUCGACAUUGUGGCGGAGGUGCUUGGAGAGCUACAACAAUGCGAAUGGUUGGGCCUUCAUGGUUGUCGGCAUAGACGGCGACGAUGCCGAGGAUGAGGAGAUGAUUGAUGUUUUUCGCAAGAUGUACCCUACUCACUCCUACGUUUUGCAUAUAGACGAACCACUGGGAGAGGUUAGCAGCAAAAUCUUGGAGGAAAAAUAUGCCGAACUCAGAAAAUGGGGACAGGUCAAGGUUGACCAAGAAGAGAUCAAUGACAUUGCCAUGAGCAGGUGCAUGGACAUUGCGCGACAGCACGUGCAGAGGCUCACGCAAGAGAAUGGCAGCAUCAAGCAUCUCCUGAUUCACCAGCGUCACCUGCACAAAAAGGGCAUCAUGUUUACGAGUCUCGUCUUCUCCAUGGUGAUUGCCGAGCUGCAUGGCCUGCGCUUCCUGUGGACGUCGGACUCGGAUUCGUUUGUAAAGCAGGACUCUGUCCAGGGCACCAUCUGCACCAUGGCCAGCGACCCAGGCGCCGGUGGUGCAAGCUCCGGAAUGGCCAUCCAUAAUGCAGACGAGACGUUGGUGACCAAGCUUUCAUCGUCUGUCUACUGGUGUGACCAGUACCUUACCCACGCGAUGCCGGCCUCCGUGGGAGUGAACGAUUGCCAAAGUGGACCGAGUUCUGCGUUCCGAAUAUCUGCUAUUCGCCCGAUUUUGGUGUCGUGGUACAACCAAAAGGUGUUUGGCAAACGAAUGAUUGUCAACGAAGACAGACACUUGACUACACUGCUGCUGAGCCAAGGUUGGCGUGUGAUUUAUGCUGGGGAUAUCAUGACUGAAACUGAAAAUCCGACGACGCUAGAGCGCUGGAUACAGCAGCAGGUUCGAUGGGCAAGAGCCCAACACAUCGAGACCUUGCUCCCUAUCAAAGUCUACUCCAUGUCGCACCCAUUCCUUUUCCUAUCCGCACUACGAAGAGAGCUGAACCUCCUGACCAUCUUCACGCAAACAUUUGCCUACCUCUUCCUGGACCGACAGCUCCUGGCCUUCAACAUGACUGAUGUUUGCCUUCACAUCGGCGGCAAAGCGCUGUACGGCGUCAUCCGCAGCCCCGACGACUCGCAGUCCCUCCUAUCGUCGGUGCUCUGGAUCAUCCCCGGCAUGAUCUUCUACAACGUGCCCCAACCCGCCGUGCACGCCUGGGGCCUGGCGACGCUGACGGCAGACACUUGGGGAACUUCGAUGCGGUCCAGCGGCGAGCUUGCCAAGAGGGACGGGCUGGGCGAACGCUGGUACAAGUCUGGGUUCUUGGUUGUGUGGAUAGGCACCGUGGGCGCUCUCCUCGCCAAAUGGGCCCUGACCCGUCUGGAGUUGCUGCCCGCGCAGAGGGUGAUGGGUAUGGCUGUGGCGGGGCUGCUGUGUAUGGUUUGGAUGUGGAGAGCCGUUAUUAACUAUCGAUAGUGGGCCGCAGGGGGGCAGCACCGGGGGGGAAUUGCCUCAUAGGAACCAGGUUUCUCU